AUGGCGAAAGAAACCAAGCAAACGACGUUUGUGAUUAUUGAAGAACAAGAACAGCAAGACAAGCCAACGCAAAGCGAGACGACUUCUGAUACUACGAGUACUAGUACUGGCACUACCAAUGGCAAUGCAUAUUGGAACAUUCCUCAUAGUCCCGUCACUACCAGUCCUGCUUUGGAAGAACAAGAGAUUGCUUCAGAUAUCUCUGCUACCGGUACAAGUAAUAGUACAGAUCCACCGGGAGAAGGUAUUUUGCAUUCGAUUCGUCAGUACGAUCAACUCCGUCAAGACUUCCCCAAUGACUUUAUCCCCCCAGAAGACGACAAUUCCAACGUAGAACUCUUUGAAGUACCACUCCCACCAGACGACAAUACAGACGAGAUUGCCUUUUGUCAUCUCACGGCCAUCAUUCCGUUUACCACUGGAGACCAAAAACCGUUCCACAUUGCCCUCGAAGAUGCCGCCGUCAUUGCACUUGCCAUUCAAGAUUUGAAUUCCGGCAAUGGCAUUCUCGUCCCUGAGAUACAGGGUCUCAAUGAGAGUUGCAAUGUCCGCUUCACCACAGAAUGGCUCGAUACGGAAUUUCAAGGCGGCGUUGCCUUAGGACACGUCGUGGAGCAAGCCAACAAACAAACACAACCACCCUGUGCCUUUUUGGGAGCCUACAGAUCUGCCGUUUCCAUGCCCAUGGCGAUCGCCACGGGAUUGUUUCAAGUGCCACAAGUCAGUGCGGCCAGUACCAGUGCCAGUCUCGACGAUGCCUCACAAUAUCCUCUCUUUGGAAGAACCAUUCCCAGUGAUACCGGAAACGCCAUUCCUACCAUCAUUUACAUGCACACUGUGUUGGGUUUGCAACAUGUGGCCAUCAUUAACGUCAACGAUGCCUUCGGGAAUGCCUACGUGGAAGGAAUGCGCCAUGCCGCAGCCAUUCACGCCCCGCAGCUCAAAAUUCAUCAAGUUCCACUCGACGAAGGACAAGCCGCCAUUUCAGCUGCCGUCGCUUCGGUCAAAGCCAUAGAAUACCGAUACAUUUUUAUGAUUGUCUUUACGGCGGAAACACAUGAUGCCAUUAUGACCGAGGCAUACCAAACAGGUGUCGCCGGAGAUGGACAGCACGUUUGGAUCUAUGCAGAUUCCUUUUUGGGUGUCCUCGAUGGACGCUCGUUUGUCAAAGAUGGACCACUCCACAAGAGUUAUAGGGGAUCGGGAAUGGUGGAAAUCGUGGGAGGCUUCCCGGGGAUGCCCAAGUAUGAUAGCUUUGUCCAACAUGUGACCGAAAUGGACAAUCCGGCCGAUUUGCAAACCAUUGGGGCACUCUUUCCCCCACAUGACGAUUGGCCCACGUACGAUGCCCACACGUAUGUCACGGGCCAGCACGAAUCAUAUCUCAAGGAUGUCACCAGCAUAUUUGCACCCUUCACGUACGAAGCUGUGGUGGGAUUGGGCUUGGCCGCCUGUCAAGCAGCAGAACAAAUUGGGACGUUGGCAUUCACCGGACAGCAACAUUUUGAUGCCUUCAAGAAUCUAAGCUUUACUGGAAUCUCAGGACCCGUUGUGUUUGAUCCUGCCACGGGGACACGAGAUCCGGCAUCGGCACUCUACAAGGUGAACAAUUAUCAAGAACAAUUCGAGACCGAUCCCGAGACGGAGAAGAAGUGCAUAGCGUUGGUAGUCGUCGUUCCAUUGGUGGUCUUGGCCGUGUUGGGCGUCGUCGUCUUUUUGUUUUAUGAAAACAAACGCAAAAACAAUGAUUCCGUCUGGGAGGUUGAUAAGAAGGACAUCAUAUUUGACGAUCCUCCCCAAAUUAUUGGAAGAGGGACGUUUGGGUUGGUGUUGUUGGGGGAGUACCGAGGGACUGCCGUGGCGGUGAAACGUGUCAUCCCACCUCAAUCCAAGGAGGAAUUUACAGGAGGCAGUGAAAGUACACAUGGCCCGGGUAUGCGGUCGAUUAAGGGAUCCAAAUCAGGUGUGGGAAUGGUGUCUGGGGUCAACAGCAACAGGACCAGAAUGUCGUCGUGGUCCGGAAUGUCCAUGUUGGGUAGCAGGAUGCCAGCAAAUGGAAAAGCUCGCAAGGGUUCCUUUGGGUUCCAGCAAAGCGAGGCUGCUCAAUGGAAACAGAUGAAGGCAGAGUUCAUGGAGGAAAUGAGGUACCUGUCAAAGCUGAGGCACCCAUGCAUUACCACUGUCAUGGGCGCAGUCACAAAGGGAGAACCAAUGCUCGUUAUGGAGUACAUGGAUCACGGAUCACUGUAUGACCUACUGCACAACGAGACACUAGCGCUUGAGGGCGAGCUGCUCAUGCCACUUUUACGGGAUAUCACUCAGGGAAUGAGGUUUCUUCACGCCUCUAACCCGCCGGUGAUACACGGCUGCCAAUAUCCUCGUGGACAGCCGUUACAGGGGCAAGGUUGCAGAUUUCGGUCUCAGUCAGAAGGAAAAUCUCGGUGGAACCGGGACGCCUUUUUGGAUGGCCCCAGAAUUGUUGAGGGGGAGAGUGCCACACGUUGCUUUCUUGAUGUCUACAUUUUGGGAUAUUACUUUAAUGAAGUCUUCUCUCGGCGUGAUCCCUACGAUGGGGAAGACGCAGAGCAAGUGUUGAAAUUGGUUGCAGACAAAGCUGUUAGAAAGAGGCCGCCAGCUCCUCUACACAUGCCAGAAUCCAUCAAGGGGCUAAUGAAGGAUUGUCUUGAUGAUGACCCAGAGAAGCGCCCCACUUGCGAAGAAGUGGACACUCGCUUGAAACGCCUCGAUGCCGAGACAUUGGACGGCGACCAAAACAGCAGCAAAAUGGGGCAAGUCAGCUUGUUUGACAUCUUUCCGAGGCACAUAGCCGAGGCUUUGCGCGAUGGGCGUACGGUCGAAGCAGAGCACAAAGACUCUGUAACGAUAUUCUUCAGUGAUAUCGUAGGGUUCACCACCAUUUCCUCUGAGCUUGAGCCGAGGAAGGUGGCCAGAAUGCUAGACCGAUUGUACACCAAGUUUGAUGCAUUGUCUCAGCAACAUGACAUUUUCAAGGUGGAGACAAUCGGGGAUGCAUACAUGGCCGUUACUAACCUGGUCAAGGACCAAGAUGAGGAUCAUUUUGGUUUCCAUUCUGGACCUGUGGUGGCUGACGUCGUGGGGACUCGCAAUCCAAGAUACUGCCUGUUUGGGGACACUGUGAACACGGCAUCCCGCAUGGAGUCCAACUCCGAGGAGAACCGCAUUCAUUGCUCGCGCGCAGCGGCAAAGCUUCUUCAAACACAGUAUAAAGAUUUACCGAUGAAAUCUAGAGGCAAAGUGAAGAUCAAGGGAAAGGGAGAAAUGCAUACCUAUUGGGUGAAUGAAGGCGUUAGAGGCAAGCGCCUGACGAUGUCUGUAAAGGAAUCAACAAAGUCGGGUUACUUUCCGAUAUUGUCGGAUCGCGGCAUGACUGCUCUGGCUGAAACAUCGGGCGAACUUAGUUCGGCACUGGGCCCGCUGCUCCAGGAACAUGCUCCUGGCAACAAUUCGCUGGAGCUGGAGCCAACACUUUUUGGAGCAGCCGGAGAAGAAGUUUGA